AUGGAUAAAAACGAGAAAUUGAAUAGUGAUGAAUUUAAACAAUAUAUAAGCGAAGAAGAUAUUAAAAUAGUAACUGAAAAAUAUUUUGGAACAGAAAACGUGGUCGCGCACACGUAUUCUAUUGAGUUUGCUAGUAAACAUAUUAUGUUAGGAUUUUUGUGUGAUUACCUAAAAUUGAGCAUUAAUGCGCGGUUAAAUAAUGAGGAGAUUAAAAAUGUAAGUUGCUUCAUAAAAUCCAUAUCCAAGAGCAAUAAAGCAAAAGCAGCUAUGGUACAGGAUCUUAAAUUGUUUGACAAGGAAUUAAAGUUUUACACUUUAAUAAAGGACAGAAUACAAAUACCAGGGUUAAAAUGGAGUCCAGAGCUAAUACUAGGUUUAAAGGAUGCCAUGGUAUUUGAAAAUCUAAAUACGCUUGGAUACAGAGUGCGAAAUAAAUUAAAGACAUUUGACAAAGCUCACACAUUACAGGCAUUACGGACACUAGCUCGAUUGCAUGCUUCAACAAUUAUUUAUGAAGAAAGAAAAUCACGGGACCUCAACCUUCCUUACAGUAUUAAUGAUGAAUUUGAAACAUAUUUAGAUGAAGGUGGAUAUCAUAUAUUCGAUCCAUGGUACAUCCAGUGCAUGAGUGGUGCUUUAGAAGUUAUUAAAAGCCAUUCAAAAUAUGCAAAAGAUGAUCAUGUUAUUAGUAAAUGUACAGAGAAAUGGACAGAUGUUUGGAAAGCGGCUUUAGAACUGGGUAACUACACUCCUAAGUAUAGAAAUGUGAUAUGCCAUAGAGAUUUAUGGAAUAACAAUAUGUUAUUCCAUUACUCAGCAGUUAAUGGGCUGGAAGUUCCAGACGACUGUUUAUUAGUCGACUUCCAAGCUGUAAGAUAUCAUCCCCCAGCUGGAGACAUAAUGCUCCUCUUAUAUUGCAAUCUGGAAAGAGAUUUUCGUGAAGAAAACUUGAAAUUAUUCCUCAACUUCUACUAUGAUGCUCUUGAAAUGGAAUUAAGUAACCACGAUAUAUUAAUAAGGAAUGUUUUAACUUUGGACGAACUAUUUAAAUCAGCUGAAGAGUAUAGACUCUGGGGUUUAGUGCUGACCGCCUGCCUGGUACCGCAAUUUUGGCUGGAUGAUGAGCUGACGACAAAAAUAUUUUCUGAUUCUGCGCAAUUUGAAGAAAUUCUUUCCAAGAAUAAAGCGAAAUUUAUCAAGAAAAUGAUUGAUGAAGAUGUUAGCUAUAAAGAAAAGGUUUUGGGAAUCUUUGAGGAGAUUGUAACAGAAUAUUGUAUAGAUAAUAAGGAUUAGGUACUGUAAAUAAAAAUUCACUUGAAAUGUGCCAAUAAUUUUAUUGUGUUGUGUUGUGAUCAAUCAAACUGUGCCACAAUAUCAACUAAUAAAUUUUUAUUUCUCACGUGAA